CGCAGGAUUUGUUGCAAUGGAUAACAUUCACAACCCUCCAGUCGUGUUGCCAGCGCCAAUCCCUCACCAGCUGCGUCACCCCGUAUCAAUGAUCGUCGUAGACCACUUCCCAAUGUGACGGGUGCUCAGGGAGGUCCACCCGAUCCGAGAUCCCCGCAUCUUCCUGAUGUACCUCCAUUGGACAUGGAAGGAUACCUUUAUCCUCCAGCCCAACAAUAUACCCCAUCUGAUGGACAGGCCGCCAAAACAUCCGUAUCAGGACCGAGACCAAUGCGUUCUGAAAACGUGGGUGUAUCUUCCGCAAGAAGAUCUCAAGGUGAAAUCCAGCCAGCAGUAGUCAUGCCUCCGCCAGGUUUCAAUCCAUACAGUAGGUCGGGAACGGGAUCUCAUCCCGCAUCUCCUACCCCACCAAGAGCUAAUCUUGGUGGAAAUGAAAAGAGGGUUGAAUUUCCAUCUGCUCAAGCUAGUCCGCGACCUUCCGCACCAUCGUCCCCAGCGCCUGUACGUCCCUCUCUCCCACAUCCCCCAUCCCAAGAUACGUUGGCGAGCAGUCUUCGCGUGUCUUCUGCAUCCACAGAUGCUAGUGUUUUACCGGCCAUCGCUAUGCGAACCGUUUCGUCAUAUACCGCAGUAACAUGCGAUCCCGAUGUUUUCAGUCGGCCUGAUGCCGGUUAUGAUUUGAGACCGAGGCUUCUGGGAAGAGAUACCGAGUUAUUCAUCGUCAUGACCAUGUACAACGAAGAUGAGGAACUAUUUGCAAAGACUAUGACAAGUGUUCAGAAAAAUAUUGCCUAUCUCUGCUCAGAUAAAUGCCCUGUCAGUUGGGGACCCAACGGUUGGACGAAUGUCGUAGUCUGCAUCGUUUCGGAUGGUCGAACGAAAAUACACAAAAGAGUGCUGACAAUGUUGCAAGCGAUGGGGGUGUAUGCUCCUGGUUUAGAGAGAACACAAGUGGAGGGUAAAAACGUCACGGGACAUCUGUAUGAGUUUACAACCCAAAUUGCCGUGGAUAGAGAUCUCAAGGUUCGAACACACAAAGAUGGGAUUGUGCCAGUCCAGGUCUUAUUUUGCUUGAAAGAAAAGAACGCUAAAAAGAUCAAUAGUCAUCGAUGGUUCUUCAACGCAUUCGGACCCCUUUUGAAGCCAAAUGUAUGUGUUCUACUCGAUGUUGGAACAAAGCCGACUGGCACGUCAAUUUAUCACUUGUGGAGAGCCUUUGACCGGGACCCGCAAGUGGGGGGUGCUUGUGGUGAAAUUGCUGCCGAGCUUGGUGGUGCUUGUGGAAACUUGCUAAAUCCCCUCGUUGCUGCCCAAAACUUUGAGUACAAAAUGAGUAAUAUUCUAGACAAACCACUCGAAUCUGUCUUUGGAUACAUCCAGGUCCUUCCAGGAGCUUUUUCAGCAUAUCGAUACGCGGCUCUUCAAAAUUCUUCCUUGACCACAGGACCUCUUGCAAGCUAUUUCCAAGGCGAGAGUCACACUGGUGAAACGGACGUCUUUAAAGCCAACAUGUAUUUAGCGGAGGACCGUAUUCUCUGCUUUGAGCUCGUCACAAAGCGAAACGAGAACUGGAUUCUCAAAUACGUUAAGAAUGCACGCGCGGAAACGGAUGUACCCGCUGCCCUUCCAGAGCUCGUUUCACAGAGGAGACGGUGGUUAAAUGGAAGCUUUUUUGCGGCAGUGCAUUCAGUUACAAACUAUCGCCUGUUUUGGCGGUCCUCACAUUCGAUGCCAAGAAAGAUGCUCUUCACCUUCCAGGAAUUAUAUAACAUUUUCAAUCUUGUGUUCAGCUGGUUUGGAAUAGGCAAUUUUUACCUGACAUUCCAUUUCCUCUUCCAAGGCACGAGGGAUUCUACCACAGAUCCAUUUGGGGGGGCUGGAAUGACAAUAUUUGUUGUUCUACGAUAUUUUUACUUUGCAGCCAUUGGGAUUCUCUUCAUCAUUUCUUUCGGAAAUAGACCACAAGGGAGUAAAAAUCUGUACUACGCAAUUCUCGUCCUUAUGGCCAUCAUAAUGGGAUUCCUCCUCUUCAUGGGUGGCCACACGGUAUACCAAGGUAUUCCGAAGACCGCAGCACAAUGGGCAGCAAUCGGCGAUCUCCUCGUGAACCAGCCAGCCUUUAGGGACAUUAUCAUUUCCCUUGGGAGUACCUACGGCUUAUACGUCUUAUCGAGUUUAAUUCAUCUGGAUCCAUGGCACGUUAUCACAAGCAUGGCACAAUACAUGCUCUUAUUACCGGUUUACAUCAACGUCUUUAUGGUCUAUGCAUUCUGUAACCUCCACGACAUCAGCUGGGGCACAAAAGGUGACAAUGUGGCUCAGAUGGCCACCGCUUCGGCACCAGCUGUGAGCGCACCCAGCAAGGACUCAUCAGAACCCGCGGUGACGGUGGAUCUCCCUCAGGAUGAUGCAGAUAGUCUCAACGUCCAGUACGAAGCAACACUACAAAACCUCUUCCGUCGUCCCGAAAAAGCCAAAUCAGGGCGGGAUCGCCAGACAAAAAUCGACGAUUAUUUUCGAGCGUACCGUACGCGUGUUGUACUUGCCUGGAUGCUCUCCAACGCGCUGUUGAUCAUCGUCUUUACUACGGAUGCCAUAACGGAUAAGCUCUAUGCCAAUGUUCAGGAUAAGGGUAAAGGCGCUGUCAACCCAUAUUUGACUUUCAUUUUCUGGAGCGUGACGGCACUGUCGGCCGUUCGUUUCAUUGGUAGUUUGAUUUAUAUAAUUAUGUGGUUGUCCGAGGGAGUGGUUGGUGCUGUUGGUGGCAAGAAGACGUUUGUUCCACGGAAUGAAGCGUCAAAGCAACGAGGUAACCCGGCUGGACGUGGGGGUCAUGGCAGAGGCCAAUAUGCAAUGUGAAAACCGCUGCUCAAUAUCUAAAUUUGAUGAUGUUCGAUUUAUAGUAUCGAGACAAGGAUCCAUUUUUGAAUUGAGAUUAAAUUAUGAUAUUGUACAAAGGCAACAGUGCCUUGAAAGCGCA